AUGGACAAUUUGAAAACAGAUAUUCCAAAUCAAUAAUAACAAAAUCCAGAAACAGAAGAAAUUCAAGUAAAGUAGAUAGACAAUUUAACAGUAGAUCAAGAGCAGAAUGCUAACUAAAAUUCAGCUAAUAUCUCUGAAAUUAGUGAGUAAAGGGCAGAGAAUAAUAUCAAAAAGGAUUCUAGUGAGCUUAGAUAAUCUUAAACUUCUUAGUUGGAUAAAAGUUAAUCUCAAUAAUCAUCAAGGAAAUAUAUCCUUGAGCUUAAAUCAGAUAAACUUAUUGAAGAUAAAAAUUCUGGUAGAUCCUUAAAAUCUGAAUCAGACAUCGAGAAUGAAUCUGAAUCUGAAGUUGAUAUUGAUAAUGUGUCAUAUAACUCAUCAUUAAAUAGCCUGCAUAUGAAAUAAUUCAAAAUUGUGAGGAAAUAAGAGGAGUAAAAGGAAGAUGACAAAAUAGAUAAAGAUAUUGGCUAAAUUCCUUACAACGAAGAUAGCGAAGAUAGCGUUGAAAGCGAUCCUUAGAAUUUAUUCAAUAAGAAAAGAGAUUUAGAGGAUGAGAGAAAGAAGAGCUUAAUCAAUAAUUUAGAAUCUGCUGUAAGAGAGUUUAUGAAUGGCAGAAAUUUAACUGUUUCAGAUGAAGAAAUUCUUAACGGUUAAAAAUAGUUUAAAAAUUCUGAAAAGAUUCAUGUCAUAGGUGAUCAUUCCUGGUUUAUAAACAAUAAUAUUCUCUAUAAUAUUGAACCUAAAGAAGAAUAUAAGAAAUAAAAAGACAAGACAUUAGAAAGUUUGGUUGACCAAUUCGAUGAAACAUUUGUUCAGUUAAAUAGGUGGCAAGCCAAAAAAUUAAGUGAUUAUUUUGUCUCGAUAGUUUAGCCAGAGCAUUUUACCUUGGGUAAAAAUUCACAAAAUUUUAAGUUAUCACUUUACUUAAUGCCUACUUUUGAAUUACUUUGUUCUCUAGAUAUACCUUUAAGAAGUUACAAUUCAGAAUUAAGAUUAAAAGUUUAUUCUGAGAAAUAAAUCCUUCUAUAUGAUUAAACAGCAAUCAUCUAUUUUGGACUUAAUGAAAAGAUGAAAGGGCAUCUUGUUUUGAAGUAAAAGGAUUAGCCUAUUAAUAAUAAGAUAAAUUAUUAUGAUUAGGAAAGUUAAUAAGAGCAUUUUUAUCUUGCUGAACUCAAUGAAAACAUACUAACUUUUGUUGAUGGCAAACGUAUAUUUCAAAUAAAUUUGAAUGACUAUAUCUUGUCUAUUAUCGAUCAUGACAUGUAGCUUUAUAGGUCCAAUGAUAUUCUAAUGAUUUAAAACAUGAUUAUUUCCUACAAUUCUGAAUUCUAUAUUACAAAUGUGUAUGAUCUUCAUAGCAAAAAAUCAGCUACAAGAGAAUAUGAGAAUUCUAAAUUAAUAAUCUAUAGCUAAAAUGCUUUUGUAACUAGAGCAUUUGUUUUCAAAAUAGAAAACCAAAGAGACAGUUUGAUUAAGGUUUGGGAAAUAAACAAUAAAGGUAAGAAUUUGCAGGAUGGAAAUAAGGAAUUUGUUAUAAGAAAUUAUCUUUUGGAAAAAUCAUUUAGAAAUAUGACAUACUACAUAGCAAAGUAUAAUGAAAGAACUAAUUCAUUUAUAAUCUUGGCUAGGAAAAGGAUUUUUAUCUUGCUAUUUGAUAAUAGAGAUAUUUAAAUUGUUUAAUACCGAUUCCCAGCUGAUCUAUAAAAAGAAUACUCGAUGGUAGAUAAUUUAUAAAACUGUCUCUUAAUGUCUGAUUAUCUUAUCCUAUAUAGUAAUAGACCUACAAACUCUCUUUAAAUCUUCAGGCUUGAUGACUACUAUAGCUUAGAUAUUCUUACAUAUGAGAAUAAGAAAUAACCUCAAAUGGAAGAAUCAAAAAUAGAAUGUUCUAUUGAGUACAAGAAAAUAUCCACGAAUUUACAUGAGGAUACAAUGAUGAUUAAAUAUUCAGAAAAACCAAAAUGUGAUCAGAGAUUGUUUGAACUAAAAUACUAAUAUUCCAAUGAAAUCUAAUUCAAGUACUUUCAUAAGAGAGAUAUUGUCACUAAGAUUCCUGCUAGCUAACUUAACCUACUAAUUUCAGAAUUUGACUUUAGAAAAGAUCUUUAGAAGUUGAAGUUAACAUAGGACUAUAAGAAAUACUUUGCAAUAGUUAUUGAUGCGAAGCGAAUUCUGUUUCGAAUUUCAAGUUUAGACGACAAAGAGAUUAACGAAAUUCCUAUUUAUGAAGAAGAAUCAAUUGACAAAAUAAAAAAAUGCUAUUUAUCCCAAGAUAUGAGGUAAAUAUUAGUAUGCUACUCUGUUUAGCAAUAAGAUUUUAAGAAAAGGAGUAUGAGUAUUAAAAGAAGUAUGAGCAUUAUUGGGGAGAAUCCAGUAGCUUCAUCAACCAAAAUCUAAACUACUCUUAUUUAAUUUGAUAGUUUGAUGGAUUUCCAAAAGGAUCUUCAGAAUUUUGACUUUGAAGUCGUUGACAUUGUUAAAUUUGAUUCUGCUGAACUAAUACUUGUUAUAUACGAAAAAUCUAUAACUUAAUACUCUAUUUGCAUUCUAAAGGAUCAUCAAGGAAAGCAUUAAAUUUAAAGCAAAGUUAGCAUGAACUAAUAUUCAAAGGAUUUUUAGUAAUUCAGAGAGCAGAAGAUAGAUAUUGAUCAAGAAAAUUACAGCUAUAUUUACUAAAAUAGAUAUUUAUUCAUAGAUUUGUCCUUUAAGUAUAUAGUUUAUGACAUACUAAGCUAAUGCUUCAAAGGUUCAUUUACAUUUUCAGAUGCAAAUGCUUUAUUCUCGUUAACUCAUUAACUUGGUCAAUUCUAUCUUAGUUUUGAUGAGGAAUAAGUCAAAUACCAAGGACAUCAUAAUUAAGAAAUAAGAAUUUUUGAGGGUUUCUUCUAAUCUUUUCUAAGAUUAAACAAACAUGCAGAAAACUUUUAAUAUGAUAUGAGUGACUAGAAAUUAUCAAUGUAGGACUUCGACGGAAUCACUUUCGGCUAAUUUUCAUUUUAGACUAACCUAGAGAAUUAGAUAGAAUUAUUAAAAUCGAUAGAUGAUUAAAAAUUGGACUUUUUCAACGAUUUUAAAGGAGAAUAAUAUAUUUCCUUGCUAGCUAACUACAUUAAUUCGGCGAAUGGAACAUUUCUACAUUUACUAGUUGGUUAGAAGUAAUAAAUAUUAGAGACUCUCUAGAAGAAAUUAUUUUACAUGCAGAAUCCUUAGAAAUAUGUUCUUUUUAGCAUGAAUAGAUAAGAUCUUAGUGUUCUUGACUAUGCAAUAAUAUAGGAUGAAUUCCAAAAGAUCAAUAUACUUUUGAACAUCUUACUCAAAUUUUAAAACCAUUAUCUUAGCAACUAUAUAGUCGAUAAGAAUCUAAUUUAUUUGAUUGACAAGAACUUAGAACUCAUUGAUUACUUUAAAAGUAACAUGCCUAUCAAAAGAAUAUCUUCAAACCACUAUCCAGUUAAUUCUAAGGAUCCUAAAUAGCUUUAUAUUUCAAAUUUCAACCAAAAAUCUAACUUGCCUGAAAUUAAUUACUUUUAUAAGGAACAGAUCGAGAUACACAUAGAUGAAAAUACCUAAGGUCCAAGUUACAAAGUAGAAUAUUUACUUCCAAUGAUUCCAGAGACUUUAUCGGAUCCUUAAUUCAUUAAAACUUUAGCUUCAACAUAAAACUAAGAGAUCUUUGAGCAGGAACUUAUUUAGAUUAUCUUGAAUUUUAAAUGGCAAAAAUAUGCUAGCAAAUUUUACAUUACUUAAUUUGUAUUCUUUUCUGUUUUUCUAAUCAACUAUGUUGUGGAUAUAUACUUUUUGGCUAUUUCUAAAGAUGAGAGACAUAUAGCAUAGUAAGCUGUUCUUAAAAUCAUAGGUUAUAUAUACAUGAUUUACAUGAUUAAUUAUGAAUUCAGAACAAUGAGGAAACUAGGAAUAUAUAAAUAUUUUGAGGAUUUCUGGAACAUAUCUGAUCUUAUUAUGGCAUUUGGCUAUAUCUCAGCUACAAUUUAUGACUUGGCAAAGUAUGAUUUUGAGGUGACUAUCAUCCUGUACUCCAUAAUUUUGAUAUUGAUAUUUAUCAAGUUGUUUUCAUUCCUCAGAAUUAUUUAAGGAUUCAGCUUUUUAGUAUCAAUGCUUAAGGCCGUUUUCAUUGAUAUGAGGUAUUUCAUAUCUCUGUAUCUUAUGGUGAUCAUUCUUUUUGGCUUAAUUUUUACAUUGCUAACAAUUGAAACUUCAGAGGAGAAUUUUGAAUAUAAUGGUAUUUCUUAUUUUGGAUAUUUUCUUAUGGCAUUCAGAGCAUCAACCGGUGAUUUUCAAGUGGAUUAGUACAGUAAACUUCAUGAAAGUCACAUUGUUUUUGCUUGGCUAGUAUGGAUAUUUGCUGUCCUUUUCCUUAACAUUAUUUUGUUAAACUUCAUCAUUGCUGUGAUUUCUGAAUCUUAUGAAAAGAUCAUGCAGAAUAUGCAAUCACUACAAUACAUGACAAAAGCCUUGCUUAUUUACGAGUGCGAAUUGCAUUUCAAUUAAUAUGGUUAAGAUAAUGAAUAUUUUCCUAAAUACUUCAUCUUGAGGAAGUUGAAAGAUAAUGUGUUGACUGAGACUAUUGAAUGGUAAGGCUUUGUUAAAGAUAUUAAAAAGUCUAUCGAAAAACAAAAAUUUUAGAUGACUGAAAAGUUAUCAUAGAUUGAGAACAAUUUGUAGUCUGUAAAUGAAGAUAAUAGGCACUUAUAAAGAUAGGUUAGUCAAAUCUAGGAAGAACUGUUUUGGUCACGAAAUAGGCAUGGUUAGUCUCACUAGAUGUUGAGAAAAAUAUUGCAGAAAUUUGAAAAUUUAGAGAUCUCUGCUAAGAUAAAGAAAGAAGAAGAAGAAGUUUAAUAAGUUGAGGAUGCAAAGAAAGUAGUUGAAGAGGCAAAGGAAAAUGAGAAAGUUGAGGAUGCAAAGAAAGUAGUUGAAGAGGCAAAAGAAGUUGAGAAAGUUGAGGAUGCAAAGAAAGUAGUUGAAGAAACAAAAGAAAAUGAAUUAAAUCAACCGAAAAAAGAGGUUAAGUUAUGA